AUGAAGCCCAGUCAAACUUAUGUCGAAUGGGUGGCUGAGUUGCGUGGUGCUGCGAGAGAGUGCAUGUUCGAAUGCGCUGCAGAUGGGUGCCGUAAAUCUUUUCUCGAUAGUAACAUAAGGGAUAUGAUUAUCAUGCAUACACCACAUGAUAAAGUGCGAAGUGCAGCUCUCCAAAAGCCUAACCCUACAUUAGAUGAAGUAUUGCAAAUAGCUACAGUGUACGAGUCGACAAUCAAAACGUGCUUGGAGAUUAAGGGUGAGGGGGACGCACCAGCCGUAAAUGCCAUUCACCGAUCAAAACAACUCGAAAAGAAGCGGAACGGAGGACGAAGUAAAUCGCGAAGCUCGUCAGUCAGCGGGAAGUCUUGCCCUAGUUGUGGAUCUGCACACAACAGAGCGAACUGUUUCCAUUACAAGAACAAAACGAAAUGUCGGUCCUGCGGUAAGUUAGGGCAUAUUGCUUCAGUGUGUGUAUCGCAUUCUUCGGCACGAUCGACCACCCCAAGUCAAAAAAAAGAGAAUGCAGACAAUGUGAACGUCGUGAGUAAUACGCUUUUCGAGAGUAUAGGCGUCGCCGAGGUAUCGUUAGCAAAUACGGCUGCUGAUAAAAUUCUACUAAACAUAGACAUCAAUGACAGAACGUUGGAAUUUCAAGUAGACACAGGUGCUACGUGCUCGCUCAUAGGCCUCCCUACAUACCGCAUAUUAGGCGAACCGAGAUGUGAACCCACUAACAAAAUUCUGAAGGCGUACGGGGGGAACGUUUUACCCCUUGUAGAAACAACUAAUGUGAAAGCUAAAUGGAGAGAUACGAUCAAAUCCUUACCACUGCUUGUUGUAAAAUCUGAACGCGCAACCAAUAUUCUUGGGCUAGACUGGUUUAAAAUGCUGAAAUUUCAGGUAGACUUACAAGAUAACGAAAUUUCUGGUAACAUGUGUAAUACUUGUUCGUUCACGGAAGAGGCAUCACAGCUAAAUUUGCGCGUUUCUCUCAGGCAGUGUGUUAACCAGCACCCGGAAAUAUUCUUAUCAAAGCUGGGAAACUGCAAAACGUUUAAGGCAAAUAUCUCUCUUCAGCCUAAGGCAAAACCGAAAUUCUUUAAGCCUUACAAUUUACCAUUUGCUCUUCACGCUGAUGUGAAAGCUGAAAUUGAGCGACUUGUUAAAGCUGAAGUGUUGAAACCUAUACGCGUGAGUGAAUGGGCAGCGCCAAUCGUAGUUGUGCGAAAGCCAAACGGUAAAUUUCGAAUUUGUGCUGAUUUCAAAGUCGCUUUGAAUUCCCAAAUCCAAAUCGACCGGUACCCGAUACCCAGAAUAGAAGAGUUGUUCCAUAAGCUACAAGGUGGUAAAUAUUUCACAAAAAUCGAUCUAAGCGACGCAUAUUUGCAAGUCAAUUUAACCGACGAGGCGAAAAAAUUUACGGUUAUCAAUACUCCAUUUGGAUUAUUUCAAUUUCAGCGCAUGCCUUUCGGAAUGGCUAGUGUGCCUGGAAUUUUCCAACGUUUUAUGGAAGAAGUCAUCGCUGGUGUUCCGCAUUGUGCCGUUUAUUUGGAUGACAUUAUCGUCACCGGCCAAGAUAACGACGAGCACAUCCGUAAUGUAGAAGAAAUUUUUAAGCGUUUAAGCUUUCACGGUCUUACAUGCAGGGUGGAAAAGUGUAAUUUUGCGGAAAAGCAAGUCGAGUACGUCGGGCAUAUCAUCAACGCUACAGGAAUAAUGCCAUCAGAAAAGCGAGUCGACGCAAUUAAACGUAUGCCUCCGCCGAAAAAUAUCAAAGAAAUCGAAUCUUUUAUCGGCAAGCGCCUUUAA